AUGGCUGCGCUCUGAAGCGCAAUGAUUUCCUACUUAGAUUUAGUUUUUUAUCAUUUAUUGACACCGACAGCUGAUAAUUAUGUUUUUGUCGAUCGCUGUUGUUAAUACGGUGGUGGUGUAGUACACUGACUCCAAAAGAGCUGUUGACAACAUUAAUAUACAGUGCUUUCAAAUCAAUCGCUUAACAUGAAAGCACGGCAAACACUUUUCCGAUUUCAGUCUUUCCUUAUUGUAAGGACGGUCAGUGAUCUGUAGUUUAUUCAGUGGUCUGGCAUUACAUUAACUUGAGCCGAGCAACUUUGUUCAACUAGUUUCCCGCUAACCAUGUUUAGCCCAGUAAAAUCAGCUUAUUUGAGGGUGAGUCCAACUACUGUUAAUCGUGAGCUCGGUAAGACCAAGAUGAGAUAGCAAGAGGCAAACCUUUAUCCUGAAAACGAAAGCGAUCACCAAAGAACCUGGCUGUACCAAAAAGGCACACUGUUGAGCAGCACCUUCGCCAUGUUUGGAGAUCUGUUCGAAGAGGACGGAGACAGAUUUUCGUCCCACACUAUCGGAGGUAACUCUGUUAAAGGUAAAGACACUGAGCCUCCGCCACCAAGAGCAAAUGUCAAGCUCAGCGGAAUCAAAAACCAAGGCGGCACAUGCUACCUCAACUCCUUGCUGCAGACCCUGCUGUUCACGCCAGAGUUCAGAGAGGAGCUGUUUAACCUGGGACCAGAAGAACUGGGGAAUCUGAUGGACAAGGACAAGCCAGAGGCUAAGCAGGUGCGGGUUAUUCCAUUGGAGCUGCAGAGGCUAUUUGCUCGGCUACUGCUUUUGGAGGAACAGACAGCUUCGACCACUGCGCUGACUGACAGCUUUGGCUGGACCAAUCAUGAGGAGAUGAGUCAGCAGGAUGUGCAGGAGUUGAACAGAAUCUUGUUUAGUGCUCUAGAAAGUUCUCUUGAGGGCACAUCUGGCAGCAGUCUGAUACAACGACUUUACCAUGGAACACUUGUCAACCACAUCAUCUGCAAGGAGUGUAACAAUGUCAGCGAGAGGCAGGAGGAUUUCCUGGACCUGACUGUGUGUGUGCGUGGAGUCAGCGGCCUAGAAGAGGUUCUGUGGCACAUGUUUGUGGAGGAAGAGUUGUUUGAAGGGAAUAAUCUAUACUGGUGCAGCCACUGUGAUGGACUAGUUCAUGCUGCCAAGUCUACUAAGUUGAGGAAGCUUCCCCCGUUCCUCACUGUGUCUCUGCUGCGGUUCAGUUAUGACUUUGGGAAAUGUGAGCGUUUCAAAGAAAUGAGCAGAUACACCUUUCCUCUCACCAUCAACCUGCGGCCCUUCUGCGAACAGUCAGAACUUCCAGACUCUGAGUUUUCGUACGAGCUUUUCUCUGUCAUCAUACACAAGGGCAGCUGUUACGGAGGACAUUACCACGUCUACAUCAAAGACAUUGACCAGCUGGGCCACUGGGAGGCACCGGAGGAUGACGUUAAGGAGAAGCAUAAAGCUCAGAAAAAGCUUCCAAAAGUGCAGGAGUGUGAAGAUACUCUGGACUGGGAGGAUCCGCUGGCUGUUGUGACCACUGUUUUGGCUCAGGAAGCUUCUGGAAGUGUGUUAGUGGACCAGCUUGGUCAGAAAAUAAUGGACAAAAUUGGCUCCUCAUGGAAUAAGAAGUUCAGGAAGCAGUAUGGACCAAUUAGCAAGUUCCUGCAGAGCCACACUGAUGUGUUUAUGUUGGUCUCAAAUGGAUCCUGUGUGGCUCUGAAAGCCACAACCACUUCAGAACCGGUCGCUCCGUCCCUGCACAGUAACAGACUGGAGCACGCUGAAGCAGAACUACAGGGCUCGGCAGAACUGGACGCGGAGCCUGCAAGUGGCAGUUGCUGGUUCGAUCUGAAUGACUCUGCUGUGACGCCCAUCAGAGAGCAAGCCAUCAGCAAGCAGUUUGAGGGGCGAGAGAGUGCCUACAUGCUGUUCUACAGGAAGAGCACACUGCAAAGACCACCACAGGCAAAAGGAAACCCUGCUUACAAAGUGCCACUUCACCUACUGGAGAUGAUACAAGAGGAGAAUGCUACACUGCAGCAGAGAAGGGCUGACUUUGAUGCCAGCAGUAACCGUAUUGAGGUUCGACUCCAUUUGGCUCCUCAUUACCAUGUGCAGAAUGGAGCGCUGCAGCCCAGCAGUACCAACACCCGUGCUGUCGUCAGCAUGAUGUUUGACCGCAGGAAAACUGUGGGAGACCUGCGACUGGCUGUCUACCAGAUGCAGACUACAUGGGAGGGUGACAUGGCACUGACUUUAGCAAAGAACCUGCCCGCGGGAUUACACCUGUAUGACACACUUGAUGAUGAUGAGAAAUCUCUGUACAGUGCUGGACUGUGUAAUGGCUCAGACCUGUUUGUGUGGAAUGGGAAAGAGGUGAAUGGGGUGCAGGUGCAGACGGGAGCUGAGUGGGAGCCGGUAUUGCUGACCAUUCUGCGGCCGGGUGAGGAUGAGCUGGAUUCUGGCAGUGCGCCUGGAGUUGGGGCUACCCGCACAGACGGAUCAGGAAUUGUGCGCUUCACACAGGGUUUCGCCAGCGGGAUCACUCUGGGAGGGGUUCGGGAGGUACUGGGGCCACAAGAAGCCCUGGUGUGCCAGGAGGCAAAAGGAGCUCAGCCAGGUGGGGGUGGGGCAAGCGGGUGGAGGCUGUGUCCCCCUGAGGCCAUGCGGCAGACGCUAAGAGAACUCACACUCCGGGAUGGAGACUCGCUGCUGCUGCUACCAUCCACACAGCUCACCAACAGUAUGUUCAGUCUGAGUGGGGACAUGGUUACCGUGAUGACUCCCUUGGACUGUCGCUGGCUUCAAGUGGAGUAUUGGUCUCAAACAGCAUCGGAAGAAGAGGAGGGUGGGAGGCAAGAAUGCAAGAAGAGGAAGAUCCCUGCCUCUGGAGACACGCGGUUGGGGGAGGUGAAACAGCGAGCACUGGAGGAGCUGCAGUUACAGGAGUGCUUCAGAGAUGAGCCAUGCUGUCUAAGGCAGAUGGAUCGAACAGGAAAACUUUUACCUCCAGUCUGUGAUCACCUAAGUGUGCGUGAUGCAGGCAUUCGGUUGAUGACAUCAUUGUGUCUGUGUCAUGGGUGUGCUCCAAAAGCAUCCCAGCUUUUCCUGUACUUUAGAGUGGGUGUCGUGCCCUCUGCUGGUCAGGAUCGAGAGAUCAUUGUGGAGGAGAGACUCUCAGUGAAAGAAUGUCUCACAAAGAUGCUGCAAUUGGCUGACCUGGAUGGAAUGUGCUGGCACUUGCGGAGGAUGGACUGGUGUGAGGAGGUUGGGGAGCCCCUGAUGGAUGAGAAUGCGUCUUUGCUGGAUGUGAAGCUCUGCUCUGGGGACACUUUGGUCAUUGCUGAGGGACAGCUCCCCCCAAAGGGCUUUCUGAAGCUGUCUGUGAGGUGGUUGGUGGAUCGGAGUAGUGACUGUGUGUCCAGUUUUCCAGAUCUUAGUCACAAAAUAGAGUGGGCAGAAAUGGAGAUGACAUCUGUUGGCUAUGUGGAAAUCUCGCAAGAGGCAUCACUGCAUGACCUCAGGUGUCAGGUGCUGACACUGCCUGCGCUGGUGGGUCUGUGUAUGCCCACUCCUGAGUUCCUGCGUUUGUGGGUAAUGGAAGGGCAAACACCCAGCAGAAUCCUCAGAGGAAACCAGCAGACACUCAGGAAGCUAAAGUUGGGGAUGGGGUCUGAGGUGUGUGUGCAGAAGCUGCUCUGUGAGGAGGAUCUUGGACUGAAGGAGGUGUUACUAAGAUUGAAAAUGGGUGUGCCAGGUGAGAGGGCGUAUUACUCUGCCCAGGAGUUUGUGUGGGAUGCAGGACGAGAUCCAUCCCCUAAGGGGUUGUACAACAGCCUGGCCUCCCUCUACAGCACCUCACCUGACAAUCUUCUGCUUGCCAAACACCUGCCUGACAAACACACCUGGAUGGCCAUUCACAAUUGGACUCAGCAUGUCUCUAAAAAGAAGAAAAAGAAGAAAGUGGAGAGUCUUCAGGGAACUCCGUACUGUCUCAGAGAUGGAGAUAUCAUCGGAGUAAAGAAUCUGCUGGUUGACAGUAAUCGAGAGUUCAGUACACUGAAGGAUGAGCAGGAGCAGCAGAGACUCAGGGAGCAAACAGACAUCCACAAGAAAGGAGGGCAGACUGCCAGUGGAGAGAUCACACAGGAGGCGAGGCCUGAGGGAAAAGCCAGAGCAAAUAAAAACAGGAAGCCAGAAGUGGCCUUGUCAAUCAAUGUGGCUGUGUUCAGAUAACCCUGACUCAUAAAGAAAAGCCACACCCCCUAAGCACCUCACAGCCAACCAGUGCUCAAAUACUGAAGUCUGUGCAAAUCCAUGUCUCACAUACCUGUCCUGCCAGUAAAGCAAGAGUUUCAAGGGUUUGCUGCCUCACUAUGGAACACUCAAGCAACACAGGCUCAUGGGAAAUACUGUGGGUAUACUGAACAAGUAAUGCUUUUAUGUUGGAAUUAGGACCUUUCAGGAAAUGAGAAUUUCCCAAGAUUCUCUGCUGCGGUUUAUGGGGGAAAAAACCUUUUCCUACUAGGAACAGGAAUCAGUUUAUUCUGCCAUCCUUUUGUUGUUGUUGUCCUUUCUCAGUUAGCAGUUUUUGUUAGCACUGUAUUUUCUAACACUAACUGCAAGUGUUUGGUUUCCUUUUCAACAUCUCAUCUUUUCUCACACCUGUUCCUGGCUCAGAUUAAGUUCUUUGAAUGGCCAUGUGUAGUUUAAUGCCUUAACACCGGAACCCUCGUCACCCAGACCCCCUCAUCCUAGUCCACCAGAGUAGAUGAGUAUUUAUAAGUGAGUGUUUCCCUAUAAUCCUUCAAGAGAGAAGUUUCCCUGUAAACCGAGGGAUUGUUCAUUUAUAAUGUUAUUGAGUCUAAAAUCAUGAGAUUUGUAUUUGUUUUCGUAGAUAAGAUUAUAUGUUUGAGGAACAAGCGUUUGUGUUGAUUUUUAAUAGAAUUUGGAUUAAUCUCACUCUAAUUUGUUUGAGCUCCCAGGGAAGUAGUAAUAUUGCAGUUAUAGAGUAAAUACGUGUGUGUGUGUGUGUGUGUGUGUGUGUAUAUACACAUAAUUAUGUAUAAUUACAUAAUUAUUUAACUUUUUAUUUUUUUUGCCCUUCUGUGUUUUUAAAGCAGCAGAGUAAAAGAGUGAAACUGAUCUGUUUCGAUAAAACACGAGUUUAGUUUUGUUUUAAACAUCCUCCGUUAAGUUUUUUGGGGGGCUGUUAAAGUUUAAAUUAAAAUGUAUAAUAAAAUUUA